AUGUAUUUAAAAAUUAAGAAAGGUGUUAAAUAAUUCGAUCUCUUUGGAGUUGAAUUAAAUUUAAAUAUGAAAUAAAAAGACAAAUACACAACAGCAUGUGGUGGAUUAUCAUCGAUUAUCAUGAUUUUCCUUUUAAGUUUCAUUUUUAUUAACAGACUCAUUAGCAUAAUAACUAAAUCUGAAUAUACAGUAUUUUACAAUAUAUAGUCUUUUAGAUUAAAGUUCAAACAAUAUAGAGUGCAAAUCCAAAUUUUACUACCAUGAAUGUCUAAAAUUUUAUGCUUGCGAUAAAGCUUGAAGAUCCUCUUAAAAACUAUUAUAAUAAUUCUAAGAAAAAUCUCUUUUCGAUAUAACUACAUCAGUAUAUAUAAAAAACCUCAGGAGAUGGUUAAAAAAGUAGAGAGUAAUUAAAAGAAUUCAAAUUAGAACAAUGUACUGUUAGACACUUUCAAAAUAUUGAUUUUCAAUAAAAUGCAUACAUAGAAAAAUAACUCUAAUAUUAUGUAUGCUUGCCUUUAAGCUUUGAACUUUAGUUGCAAGGAGGUUAUAAUACGGAAACCUUAUUAUAUCCAAAAUUGCUAAUUUAAAUCUGUAAGAACGAUGUUAACUGUUAUACAGAAGAAGAAAUUAAAAAAGCUUAAUUAGAUGAAAAUGCAACAAUCACUCUCUCUACUCUUAUUAAAUCGGCUUUAUUUGUCUCGAACUAUACAGAUGAUGUUUUACAUUAGUACAUAAACUCUGACUUUUAUCUUUAGUCAAAUCUUUAAUAAUCUAUAUAUACAGAUUUAUUUUUUCAACAUAACAAAGUCUAAAUAGAUGAUAAUUUAUUAAGCUUAAUGGCCACAACCAAGGAAUAAGACUAUUGGUCCUUCAUUUUAAAUGACAAUAGAUAAUUUAACGUAUAUGAAUAUAUUAAUAUACUAGAAAAAAGAUGUUAAUCUUACAACCUUAUUUGAAAUUAACUUAAGAAUAAAUCAAUAAAAUCAAAUUAUAACAAAGACUGCAUAUAGAUUAGAUUAAUUUUUAUCAUAUCUAGGAGGAAUACUGAAAUUCUUUACUGCAAUAUUUGGAUUAUUUGCAAUUAAAUAUAAUUUACUUUCAAUGAGAAUUUCUUUGGCUAAUAUUUUAUAUGAUUUUAAUAUUCCUUAAUAAAGUUAAGGUAGGCUACAAUUUUCAUAUGAUAGAUUAUUGAAUUUUAUAUAAUAUAAAAUAAAUAGAGUUGAUGAAUUACUUGAUAAACUAAAAACAUAUACUUUUUAAGUGAUUAAAUUAAGUCAUAUUACUAGAAUGUGGAGCAACGUUUCAUCAAGUUAGAAAAUAAAAAAAUAAUAGUAAUCUUAAGAUCAAGCAGAAGUAACAGACCAAAAAAUAACUUAACAUGAUAUUCAUUAAUUUACUAAAAAAUUAAUGGAGUAUAAAGAAAAUUUUAUGGAAAAUUUAAUUUAAAAAAUUCUAGAUACUAGAAAUUAAUUAAAACUAGAUUUAAAUUUCUAUGUUUAUAUUCUUUUAUGUUGCUCUUGUUUUAAGAAAAUUUGGAUGACAAGAUAGCUCUUAAUUCAAUGUGAUUAAAUGAUUAAAAGGGAUUUAGAUAUAAUUACAAUAUUAAGUAAAAUUCAAUAAAUAGAUAAAUUAAAAAAAACGCUACUUGAUUAAAAUUAAAUUUCAGUUUUCAAUUACACUCCUAAACCUGUUGUUUUUAUAGAUAAAUAAUAUCAGAUUAUAACUGAAGAUUAAUCUAGACCUAAUAAUUUAAUCAUUCAAGCCAACAAAUAAAAGAGAGCAAGAGUAAUCAAUAAACGAAUAAGAUUUAAUACAACUAAAAAAUUCUUAAAAAUUUAUGACUCUUAUCUUAAAUUAAAAGAAAAUAAAAACGAAAUAAAUUACAGGCUUACCUAAAUGCUUGGUCCUACUUUAGAAUUGAUGUUCUAAAAGUACCAUGAAAUUUAACUUGCAGCUCAAAUAAAAGAAGAUUUAAACAAAACAUAGUUAAAUAUUUAAUUGCAAUCUAAAAUUUCAGAAUAAUCAAUAGCAGAUAAUAAUUAAAAAGUAGAAUCAAAGAUUUAAAUUUAUCAAUAUAUAAAACCUAAAAUGUUAGAGGAUGAUGGCGAAGAAAUAGAGUAUGGUUGA